AGUUCUAGCGCCCCCUAGCGGUAACCUUCUAUCUUGUUUACAGGAGCGCCAACAGAAGUGUGCUUAUGAAACCAAAGCAAAGCGGUAGCGCCGUUAACCCAAAUUAUCAGAGGAGAACUUGAACAACCGCGAAUGGGUUUGGACAAGUUCUGCAGUGCGGACGGUUCCGACCCGUUUUGGGAUUGGAACCGUACGUGGCACGUGGGUAACCCAGAUCUGACCCAGUGCUUUCAGAACACAGUGCUGGUAUGGGUCCCCUGUCUCUACCUCUGGGUCUGUGCCCCGAUCUAUUUCCUGUACCUCAAAAGCCAUGACCGGGGCUACAUAUGCAUGACCCACCUCAACAGAGCCAAAACCGCAGUAGGUUUUCUCCUGUGGAUCGUCUGCUGGGCAGAUGUGUUUUACUCUUUCUGGGAAAGAAGCCAACAUGACAGCGGUGCCCCCUCCUCCACCCAGGCACCUGUUUAUCUGGUUAGCCCCACCAUGCUCGGCAUCACUAUGCUGCUAGCCACCCUCCUGACUCAGUAUGAGAGGUUAAAAGGAGUCCAGUCUUCAGGGGUGAUGCUCAACUUCUGGCUGGUGGCCGUCCUCUGUGCUACUGUCACAUUCAGAUCCAAGAUCAUACAAGCCAUCAACGAGCCGUCGACGGUGUGUGUGUUCAGAUACACAACCUUCUACAUCUACUACACACUGCUGCUCAUCGCUCUGCUCCUGUCAGCCCUCUCAGACCAGCCUCCUCUCUUCUCAGAGGCAUCCAAAGACGCUAAUCCCUGUCCUGAGAUCGGAGCUUCCUUUCUGUCCAGAAUCAGCUUCUGGUGGAUCACUGGUCUGAUAGUAACAGGUUAUAAGCGUCCGUUAGAACAGAAGGAUCUGUGGUGCCUGAACUCAGAGGACCGCUCCCAGAGGGUCGUCCCUCAGCUCGUACGACGCUGGGACAACGAGUGCCUGAAGGUCAAAAGACCGGAGGAGAAGACUCUGUACUCCCCGAAGAAGGCUCCUCGGGGAGAGAAGGAGGGUGUCCCCGUAGAGGAGUCAGAGAUCCUGAUCAUGAAGACACCCCAGAAGACUAGAGAACCCUCUCUGUUCUGGGCCCUCUGUCUCACCUUCGGACCCUACUUCCUCAUCUCUUCUCUCUACAAGAUCAUCCAGGACAUUCUCAUGUUCGUGGGGCCGAAUAUACUCAGGUUGCUGAUCCAGUUUGUGAACGACUCUAGCGCCCCCUCGUGGCAGGGCUACUUCUACACCGCGCUGCUGUUCGUUUGCACCUGCUUCCAGACCCUCAUCCUGCAGAAGUACUUCCAUGUGUGCUUCGUCACGGGAAUGAGGCUACGCACUGCUAUAGUAGGAGCUGUCUACAGGAAGGCUCUGGUGAUCAGUAACGCGGCGCGGCGUACGUCUACAGUGGGAGAGAUCGUCAACCUGAUGUCGGUCGACGCCCAGCGCUUCAUGGACCUCAUCACCUACAUCAACAUGAUCUGGUCUGCUCCUCUACAGGUCAUACUGGCCCUGUACUUCCUGUGGCAGAACUUGGGUCCGUCGGUGCUGGCUGGCGUGGCUGUAAUGGUUCUGAUGGUGCCAAUCAACGGUGUGAUCGCCAUGAAGACCAAAACAUACCAGGUAGCUCAGAUGAAGAGUAAAGACAACCGCAUCAAGCUGAUGAACGAAGUUCUCAACGGCAUCAAGGUGUUGAAGCUGUAUGCGUGGGAGCUGGCCUUCAAAGACAAGGUGUCAGCCAUCAGAGAGAGUGAGCUCCGUGUCCUCAAGAAGGCUGCUUACCUGGGGGCAAUAUCCACCUUCACCUGGGUCUGUGCUCCCUUUCUGGUGGCGCUGUCUACGUUCACAGUGUAUGUGAUGAUAGAUGAGAGGAACGUGCUGGAUGCUCAGAAGGCAUUUGUGUCUCUGGCUCUGUUCAACAUCCUGCGUUUCCCCCUCAACAUGCUGCCCAUGGUCAUCAGCAGCAUGGUCCAGGCCAGUGUUUCUAUGAAACGUCUGUGUGUGUUUCUGUCUCAUGAGGAGCUGCAGGAGGACAGUGUGGAGCGCAGGGCUGUAGCAGGCUGCUCAGACAGUAUCUCCAUUGAGGACGGGGUGUUCAGCUGGUGUAGAAACGAUGCCCCCACUCUGAAGAGGUUGAGUGUACGUAUCCCAGAUGGGUCUCUGGUAGCUGUGGUGGGACACGUUGGCUCAGGGAAAUCCUCUCUGCUCUCUGCUCUGCUGGGGGAGAUGGAGAAACUAGAGGGAUCUGUCUCUGUCAAGGGCUCUGUGGCCUAUGUGCCUCAGCAGGCGUGGAUCCAGAAUGCCACCCUGAAAGACAACAUCGUGUUUGGUCAGGAGAGGAAGGAGAGCUGGUACCACAGAGUGGUGGAGGCCUGCGCCCUGCUGCCAGACCUGGAGAUCCUGCCUGCUGGAGACGGCACUGAGAUCGGGGAGAAGGGUGUGAACCUGUCAGGUGGUCAGAAGCAGAGGGUCAGUCUGGCCAGAGCGGUCUACUGCGACUGUGCUGUCUAUCUAUUGGACGAUCCUCUGUCGGCGGUCGACGCCCACGUGGGCAAACACAUCUUCGAGAAGGUUGUCGGGCCCCAGGGAGUCCUCAAGGACAGGACUCGUGUUCUGGUGACCCACGGUCUGAGCUUCCUGCCCCAGGCAGAUCUGAUCCUGGUGAUGGUGGAGGGAGAGAUCACUGAGAGGGGCUCCUACCUGGAGCUGAUGGCACGUGACGGGGCCUUCGCUGAGUUCCUCAGGACUUACGCCAACAAAGAACAGGAAGAUGACGAAUCAGACUCUGCACCAAAGAGAGGACUGGAGAAUGGACUUCCUGCUGCUGUGAUUGGUCAGAACCAUACCAGUACAUCAGCAGUGAGGACAGAAGGAGAGGUCCUGGGGAAGAAGGCCAAGAACGCUGAGGUGGGGAGAAUCACAGAGGCUGACAAGGCCAACACCGGGCGGGUGAAGUUGUCAGUAUUCUGGGAGUAUAUGAAGGCUAUAGGGGUGGUGUUGUCCUGCGUCAGUAUCUUCCUGUUCUUCAGUCACCACUUCGCCUCUCUCUUCUCUAACUACUGGCUCAGUCUGUGGACUGAUGACCCGGUCGUCAACGGAACCCAGCCCAGCAGAGAGAUGAGACUGGGGGUGUACGGAGCUCUGGGGGCCUCACAGGGCAUAGCUGUGUUCUGCUACUCCAUCUCUGUCUCUAUCGGUGGUAUAUUAGCAUCACGCUACCUCCACCAGUCCAUGCUGUACAAUGUACUGCGCUCCCCCAUGUCCUUCUUCGAGCGCACCCCCAGCGGUAACCUGGUGAACCGUUUCUCGAAGGAGACAGACACCAUUGACUCUAUCAUCCCAAGUAUCAUCAAGAUGUUCAUGGGCUCCAUGUUCAACGUAGUAGGAUCCUGUGUGGUCAUACUGAUCGCUACUCCACUCGUGGCUAUUAUCAUACCUCCUCUGGGGAUACUCUACUUCUUUGUCCAGCGUUUCUACGUGGCGUCGUCCCGUCAGUUGAAGCGUCUGGAGUCCGUCAGUCGCUCCCCGGUCUACACACACUUCAACGAGACGUUGCUCGGCGCCAGCGUCAUCCGAGCCUUUGGCGAGCAGGAACGCUUCAUCAGGGAGAGUGACGGUCGAGUUGACCACAACCAGAAAGCAUACUACCCCAGCAUCGUAGCCAACCGGUGGCUGGCGGUGCGUCUGGAGUUUGUAGGGAACUGUAUCGUAAUGUUUGCUGCUCUGUUUGCUGUGAUGGCGAGAGAGAGCCUCAGCCCUGGGAUCAUGGGCCUGUCCAUCUCAUACGCACUACAGCUGACGGCCUCUCUGACCUGGCUAGUGAGGAUGUCUUCAGAUCUGGAAACCAACAUUGUGGCCGUGGAGAGAGUCAAGGAGUACGAAGACACAGAGAAAGAGGCGGACUGGAGACAUGACCAAUCGUCUCUGCCUCCAGGCUGGCCCACAGCAGGCAACAUAGACAUCAGAGGGUUUGGUCUGCGAUACAGAGAGGACCAGGAACUGGCAGUACGCAACAUCACCGUAGCCAUCCGCGGAGGAGAGAAGGUGGGUAUAGUAGGUCGUACAGGAGCAGGCAAGUCCUCUCUGACUCUAGGAUUGUUCCGCAUCAUUGAGGCGUGUGAGGGAGAGAUUCAUAUCGAUGGAGUUAACAUCGCCACGCUGGGUCUCCAUGAACUCCGCUCCAGGAUCACCAUCAUACCACAGGACCCAGUGCUGUUCUCUGGGUCUCUGAGGAUGAAUCUGGACCCCUUCGAUGGCUACUCUGAUGAUGAGGUGUGGAGAGCCCUGGAGCUCUCCCAUCUCAAGAGCUUUGUGUCGGGCCUUCCGGACAAACUCAACCACGAGUGUUCAGAGGGUGGAGAGAACCUCAGUCUGGGUCAGCGCCAGCUGGUGUGUCUGGCCCGAGCCCUCCUGAGGAAGACGAAGAUCUUGGUUCUGGAUGAGGCCACAGCUGCUGUGGACCUGGAGACAGACAACCUGAUCCAGUCCACCAUCAGAACCCAGUUUGAUGACUGCACUGUCCUGACCAUCGCACACAGACUCAAUACUAUCAUGGACUACACCAGAGUGCUGGUCCUGGAUAAAGGGGAGAUGGCAGAGUUUGACUCUCCCUCCACUCUCAUCACCAAGAGAGGAAUCUUCUACAAGAUGGCUAAAGACUCUGGACUGGUCUGAGUGGGCGAACGGGAGAGGACAGGCGCUUAAAGACAACAUCCCUCCUUACAGAGAACUCCUCCUCCAACCCCCUCUUCCUCUCCUCCGACCGGGAGGCUGUGCAGGGAAGAGGUAGCAGAGAGAGAGGAGAUUUCUAAGGAUUUCAAUGUUUCUGAUAAGUGUGCAUAAAUUAUGGGAGCACUCUACCUCCACUCCUUCCUCCCUCCUCUUCUCCCUUCAUCCCUCCCUCCUCUAUCCCUCCAUCCCUCCUUCCUCUUCUCCCUUCAUCCCUCCCUCUACUUCUCCCUCCACCCCUCCAUCCAUCUCUCCCUCCCUCUACUACAGAAUAUGUCAAGGAUUCACUCCACUGAACCUGAUGCUGCUGCUUCUCCAGGACAAAUCCCUUCUGUUACUCCUCCCUCCAUCCCUUCUGUUACUCCUCCCUCCAUCCCUUCUGUUACUCCUCCCUCCUGUUACUCCUCCCUCCAUCCCUUCUGUUACUCCUCCCUCCAUCCCUCCUGUUACUCCUCCCUCCAUCCCUCCUGUUACUCCUCCCUCCAUCCCUCCUGUUACUCCUCCCUCCAUCCCUUCUGCUACUUCUCCCUCCAUCCCCUCUGUUACUCCUCCCUCCAUCCCUCCUGUUACUCCUCCCUCCAUCCCUUCUGUUACUCCUCCCACCAUCCUUCCUCUUACUCCUCCCUCCCUCCUGUUACUCCUCCCUCCAUCCCUUCUGUUACUCCUCCCUCCAUCCCUCCUGUUACUCCUCCCUCCAUCCCUCCUGUUACUCCUCCCUCCAUCCCUUCUGUUACUCCUCCCUCCAUCCCUCCUGUUACUCCUCCCUCCCUUAACUAAAGACUUCUCCAGGACAAAUCCCUUCCAACAACUCUUACUGUUUCUCUCAAACUCUGUUUGUUCAACUCUCCUUUGAACGGGUGUCUGGAUGUUUUCAAGAUUCCCUUCAUCUUGCAGAAUUUGUCCGCUCCGGCUUGCCGUUGUGGGAAGCCAGAAGGCCAUCUGACCUGCUCUCCUCCGUCAAUCAGACUCAGAAUACCAGCUAGGUUUAUUUUAUUUUUAAAUGGGCAUUGUGUGCUUUUGAAGAUGUACUCUGUUAAGAGACUAUAAAAGUCCUUUUUGUUUUGUCUCUGCCCCUGUUUGCCUUUAUUGCCAUCAGAGGAAAGAAUCAGAAUAUUCUGAUUUUUUUCUAUCCAAUGUAACUGGAAUGUUCUGAAUUGUUCUCCCCAAUGGAACCAGAAUGUUCUGGUGUGUUCCUUCCAACAGAACCGGAAUGUUCUCGUGUUUCCCCCCCCCCCAAUGUAACUGGAAUGUUCUGAAUUGUUCUCCCCAACGGAACCGGAAUGUUCUGGUGUGUUCCUUCCAACAGAACCGGAAUGUUCUCAUCUGUUCUUUCCAAUGGAACCAGAAUGGCCUGAUCUGUUCUCUCCAACGGAACCGGAAUGUUCUGAUCUUUUCUCUCCGAUAGAACCGGGUGGACUAGGUUGAAUAUUUAUUUGACAGACAGUGCAAUGUUAUUCCCCACAGGGAGUGAGUGAAUGGAUAUCUGUCCAAUCAGAGACGACGCCAAUCGCAGACGUUGAAACCUGUCCCAUCAGUCAGAUCCCGCCCCCCUCUAUGUUGAGUACUGGUAAAGAGAGUGAGGUCACCCACCCUUGACCUCUGCCUGGGUGGCCUUUGACCCUUGACCUCCCAGACGCUGCUUUCCAUAGUGCCACACCUCAAACGGCAUCCUACACCACACUUCUCUUGACCCAAGCCCUGCGUUGCAGUCUGUUGUCUGUAACCAGUAACUAGUCUAGGGAGAGACCUGUUGUCUGUAACCAGUAACUAGUCUAGGGAGAGACCUGUUGUCUGUAACCAGUAACUAGUUUAGGGAGAGACCUGUUGUCUGUAGCCAGUAACUAGUCUAGGGAGAGACCUGUUGUCUGUAACCAGUAACUAGUCUAGGGGAGACCUGUUGUCUGUAACCAGUAACUAGUCUAGGGAGAGACCUUUUGUCUGUAACUAGUCUAGGGAGAGACCUGUUGUCUGUAACCAGUAACUAGUCUAGGGAGAGACCUGUUGUCUGUAACCAGUAACUAGUCUAGGGAGAGACCUGUUGUCUGUAACCAGUAACUAGUCUAGGGAGAGACCUGUUGUCUGUAACCAGUAACUAGUCUAGGGAGAGACCUUUUGUCUGUAACCAGUAACUAGUCUAGGGGGGACCUGUUGUCUGUAACCAGUAACUAGUCUAGGGAGAGACCUGUUGUCUGUAACCUAUAACUAGUCUAGGGGGGACCUGUUGUCUGUAACCAGUAACUAGUCUAGGGAGAGACCUGUUGUCUGUAACCAGUAACUAGUCUAGGGAGAGACCUGUUGUCUGUAACCAGUAACUAGUCUAGGGAGAGACCUGUUGUCUCUAACUAGUCUAGGGAGAGACCUGUUGUCUGUAACCAGUAACUAGUCUAGGGAGAGACCUGUUGUCUGUAACCAGUAACUAGUUUAGGGAGAGACCUGUUGUCUGUAACCAGUAACUAGUCUAGGGAGAGACCUGUUGUCUGUAACCAGUAACUAGUCUAGGGAGAGACCUGUUGUCUGUAACCAGUAACUAGUUUAGGGAGAGACCUGUUGUCUGUAACCAGUAACUAGUUUAGGGAGAGACCUGUUGUCUGUAACCAGUAACUAGUUUAGGGAGAGACCUGUUGUCUGUAACCAGUAACUAGUCUAGGGAGAGACCUGUUGUCUGUAACCAGUAACUAGUUUAGGGAGAGACCUGUUGUCUGUAACCAGUAACUAGUCUAGGGAGAGACCUGUUGUCUGUAACCAGUAACUAGUCUAGGGAGAGACCUGUUGUCUGUAACCUAUAACUAGUUUAGGGAGAGACCUGUUGUCUGUAACUAGUCUAGGGAGAGACCUGUUGUCUGUAACCAGUAACUAGUCUAGGGAGAGACCUGUUGUCUGUAGCCAGUAACUAGUCUAGGGAGAGACCUGUUGUCUGUAACCAGUAACUAGUCUAGGGAGAGACCUGUUGUCUGUAACCAGUAACUAGUCUAGGGAGAGACCUGUUGUCUGUAACCAGUAACUAGUCUAGGGAGAGACCUGUUGUCUGUAACCAGUAACUAGUUUAGGGAGAGACCUGUUGUCUGUAACCAGUAACUAGUCUAGGGAGAGACCUGUUGUCUGUAACCAGUAACUAGUCUAGGGAGAGACCUGUUGUCUGUAACCAGUAACUAGUCUAGGGAGAGACCUGUUGUCUGUAACCAGUAACUAGUCUAGGGAGAGACCUGUUGUCUGUAACCAGUAACUAGUUUAGGGAGAGACCUGUUGUCUGUAACCAGUAACUAGUCUAGGGAGAGACCUGUUGUCUAACCAGUAACUAGUCUAGGGAGAGACCUGUUGUCUCUAACCAGUAACUAGUCUAGGGAGAGACCUGUUGUCUGUAACCAGUAACUAGUCUAGGGGAGACCUGUUGUCUGUAACCAGUAACUAGUCUAGGGAGAGACCUGUUGUCUGUAACCAGUAACUAGUCUAGGGAGAGACCUGUUGUCUGUAACCAGUAACUAGUCUAGGGAGAGACCUGUUGUCUGUAGCCAGUAACUAGUCUAGGGGAGACCUGUUGUCUGUAACCAGUAACUAGUCUAGGGAGAGACCUGUUGUCUGUAACCAGUAACUAGUCUAGGGAGAGACCUGUUGUCUGUAACCUAUAACUAGUCUAGGGGAGACCUGUUGUCUGUAACCUAUAACUAGUCUAGGGAGAGACCUGUUGUCUCUAACCAGUAACUAGUCUAGGGAGAGACCUGUUGUCUCUAACCAGUAA